AUGUUAUCAAUUUCUCAUUCUCUCCGUUCGGCGGCGGAGUCCUCUUCUUUGACUCUCCGCCCGAGUAAAGAAGUAAUGAAGGUUGGAAAUUGGGUGGACUUCUUGCCGCGUGAUAUCUCUUUGGAGAUUCUGCAAAAGGUUGGGACCAUUGACAAGCUGAUGAAUAUCCAGAAAGUAAGUAUCUCCUGGUAUAGAAUCUGUCAAGACCCUAAACUAUGGCGCUCCAUUGACAUUCAAAACAUCAAGGAUCUCCCCUACACGAGCAACAAUAUAGUUAAGAUGGCCAUGAAUGCAAUUGACAGGAGCCGUGGCCAAUUGAUUGAUCUCAAGAUUGAAGAUUUUGGAAGUGAAUAUCUUCUUAUGCAUCUUAUUAACAGGGGAAAUCAGUUGAGAAGUCUUCGACUUGUAAAGUGCUUGAACCUUUUCAAUGAGGGGUUAAUUGAAGCUGUUAAAAAGUUGCCAUACUUGGAAGAGCUUCACAUUUAUUAUGGGAAAAUCACAUAUGUAGGUCUGGAACUUAUUGGUCGCAAUUGCCCAGGUUUGAAAUCUUUGACAUAUAAUAAACAAGGUAUGUUUCCUCCUGUAUAUUUUGAUUAUGAUGAAGACGAUGGACACAAUUUUAGUAAUGAAGCAUUUGCUAUAGCAAGAAGCAUGCCUGAGCUUCGUCACCUUAGCCUAUUUGGAAAUCAAAUGUAUAACGAUGGUUUGGAAGCUAUACUCGACUCUUGUCCUCAUCUUGAAUCACUUGAUAUUAGGCAAUGCUUUAGAGUUGAACUUGAGGAAUGUUAUGAAUUGAGUGAAAAAUGUUUUUCCAUAAAGGGAUUUCGCCCCCCUAAUGACUGUACCGAUGAUUAUGAAUUCGACUCAUCAACUUUAGAUGGUCAAAUUAUCCAUAUCGGUAAUGAAGGUUAUUUCUAUAUCGGUGGUGAAGAUGAUUAUCAUACCGAAAAUUAUGGUGAAUACAGGAUCAACGACUUCUUAGGUGAGAAUGUUAGUAGAGGCAGAGGAGGUAGUGGCGGUGGAGAUUAG